GUUUUCUUUAUAAAUAGCCGUACCAAGAGGGGAAAGAGUUGAUAAACGGAACCCACAAACCACAAACGUCAGAAACCUACCUUCUUCUUCUUUGCCUCCCCUCCUCCUCCAUUUCCCAGCUCAACUAGAUUUCCCAGCCGGCGGUUUCUCUUUGUCUCCGUUGAGAUAUAAUUCAACUCCUCCGGCGCCAAGAUGACUCAGAACGAUCACCACUCAGCUGCCCCAGCCACCUCCGCAUCAUCAUACCCUCAACUGCCACAAUCAAGCGGGUCGUACGCCGUCGGAGCCCCGCCGCCGAUCGGGUACCCGACCCGUGACUCCGCCGCCCACGGCGACGGUGCCGUUCCGGUCGAGACCAAGUCCAGGGGCGACGGCUUCUGGAAGGGCUGCUGUGCUGCAUUGUGCUGCUGCUGUGUGCUGGACGCGUGUUUCUGAGGAGCCGUGACGGAAGAAGUAACUCUUGCUGGCUAGUAUUCUUCCUCGUCGUCAUCGUCAUGGACCUGAUCGUCAAUAUUUUAUUGUUUUGGUGUUAAACUUUUGUUAUAACAUUGCGUGACGUGGUUUUUUUUAAUGAUUUUCGUAAAAUAAACGAUGUUGUUUAAGUUUGCCACCAUCUUGUUGGUGGAGCUUUGCUUUUUGUGUAUAUUCCUUCACAGAAAUACAAUUUUUUUUGGCGAUUUAUGAAGUAUUAAUUAUGUGUUUGUAUU